AUUAUACACUAAAGCGCUGUUGAAUUGCGUCGCGCGUGUUUUGAGAAACACUGAUAUAGAUCGCCGUGAAAGGCGUAUGCGUAACGAAUGUAAUGUUGAUAAACCGAGUUAUGAUGCAAGGACAAUGCUAUUAUCUAGAUUAAAAUUAAUCGACGUAUUCCCUCGACUGAUGAAAUUGUUAACAAGUACGUUAUGGUCUAUAGACAACAAAUUACUUCAAGCUGAGUGUUUUUUUGUGUUUCAGCGAUAACAAAAGGGAUGAAAUGGUACAAACAUUAUCAUUACGAUAAUGCGUCGAUCACAUUACGUCUUAACGAAACUUCAUCAAAUUAUCGUUGACAAGUGAAACUUGAAGGACAAAGACAAGAUGCAGCUCGAUAAAAAAAUGAACCAGAAGUUGCUAUUUUAGAGAAAGAAGAAAGGAAUGAAAUGUGCAGUGUGCACGUAAGAGAGAAUGCAAUUGACAUAAACGCUGAUACAUUGCAACUCAUACUAGAUGUCUCUGACUGCGGUCGGGAAGACGCUACAAACGCUUCCAAGCGUUUGAUUGACCAAUCAGGACAAAAAGAAUAAAGAUUUCUCUAUUCUAAUUGGUUAAUGCAAUGCUUCGAAACAUCUCUAGUAUCUUCUCGACCGCAGCCUUUAACUCCGUUUGUCGGUAUGGUACAUAUUUGGCGGUAAAUGAGAAUUCUAUUUAAUACUGUAUAUUCUAAUAUAUUCGGCGUUAUUAGAGCCAUCCGAUACACGUGUAAUAGUUUUGCAAAUAUAAAUUGAGUAACAAGAAGAACCAGUUUUAUCUCAUUUUUAUCAUUGGAAACUUUUCAAUUGUUAUUAGCGAGCUUCAUUUAUUGCAUUCUGUAGUCAUCUUUUACAAAUAUUGAAAUCUAACUCUCUUAACUUAACCUAAUGAGAUGGACGAGAAAGGAAUUAUCACGCGCAUAUAUCUGGAAAAUUUUGUGACUUAUGACAGUGCCAUAGUAAAUCCUGCCAGGUAUCUCAAUGUCAUUGUUGGACCUAAUGGUUCUGGCAAGUCUACUAUUGUUGCCGCUAUAGUUCUUGGCUUAGGUGGCAAACCUAAUAUUAUUGGACGAGCACUUCAUAUAGGAGAAUAUGUCAAGUAUGGAUGUCAAUCUGCAAAGAUAGAAAUUUAUUUGAAGAAUGGCAAUAAACAGGAUCAUGUAAUAGUCAGGACAUUUACCAAAGAGGGAACAUCGAAAUGGAUGGUUAAUGGUGCUCUGUCAUCUGCAAAAGCUGUACAAGAAUUCACAUCCAGUCUUAAUAUUCAGGUUGACAAUCUUUGUCAGUUUCUACCGCAAGAUAAAGUACAAGAUUUUUCGAAAAUGGAUGCCCAAGCAUUGUUAGAAAAUACUGAAAGAUCUGUUGGAGAUCCAAAACUUUUAGAAUAUCAUCAAACGCUGAAGAAAAUAAGGACCAGUUUCAAGGAAUUGGAGCUUGAUGUAGCAAAUAAAAAAAGAUUGUUGGAAUCUAAAAUUCAGAGACGUGAUGGAUUGCAACAAACUGUUAGUACAAUAAAAGAAAGAAAGUUGAUAAAGAAAAAAAUAACAACACUGAAACAAAAAAAGGCAUGGAUGCUGUACGAGGAAAUGCGCAGAAAAUUAGUGGAGUCUAAGAAAAUCAGAGAUACAGCAGCAAAAGAAAUGCAAUCAAUAGAUAUUAAACUAAUACCAAUAAAAAAGAAACUUGAAAAAAUACAGUUUGAUAUGACAACGUUAAAAAAGUCGUUAAAUGAUCAUAACAACAAAGUUAAUGCUAAAAAUACGAAAUUGAAAACCGUGAUAAAUGAGAUUCUUAGUUAUGAAAACAGGAUUAAAGAAUCUGAAAAUACAUGUUCACGUAGAAUUCAAACAGAAGAGAAUCGAGAUCAAGAAAUUAAUCUUGCACAACAACAGAAAAGCAAAUUGGAAAAUGAUUUUUCUCUUAUGAUUAACGAAAUUGGAACAGAGGAAAGUUUAAUAAAGCAAUUGCAGAAUAUAGCAAGUAAUAUGGAAGAACAUAGAAGAAUAAUGGAUAAUUUCACCAAUAAAAAGAAUAUAUUGAAACAUGAAGAAGAAAACAUUGGCCGUGAAAUAAGAACUGUGCAAGCAGAACAUCAAUCUCUCAAUAUUGAUGUGAAGCGUUUAGAACUCUUGAAACGAGUGAGCCCUGACGCAUAUAAAGGUGUGCUUUGGUUGAAAGAGAAUCGUGACAAAUUUUCGGCUACAGUGUAUGAGCCCAUGUUGCUCAGUAUCAAUGUAAAAGAAGCUUCAUAUGCCAAGUAUUUAGAAAACAUAAUACCGUUUCGGGAUUUAGUUGCGUUUACAUGCGAAAACAAACAGGAUAUGAAUCUGCUAUUGAAGUACCUGAGGGACCAACAGAAAUUACAAGUCAAUGCAAUUUAUUCUGAUACUACAAAAAGAAUUAUGCCACCAAAUAUAUCAUUACAAGACAUUAAACAGUUUGGCUUUAAGCAUUAUUUAGCAUCACUUAUUGAAGCGCCGCCUGUCAUAAUGACAUAUCUGGUUUCGAUGUAUCAAUUAAACAAUAUUCCUGUUGGAAACAAUGAAGUCGAGAAUAAUACAGAUCGUAUACCUCGCAGCUUAAGUUGUUAUUUUAGUGAAAACAACAUUUAUUCUGUGAAUAUAUCUAGAUACACGCGCACAACAUCGACCAGAAUAUCACAGGUCAAUGGAAAUGGCAUGCUAUCAAUUGUUCUAGAUAAAUCUAAACUACAGAGACUCCAAGAACGGUUAAACAAUUUGCAAGAAAAGAAGAGUCAAAUCCUAAUUGAUAUUAAACAGGAAGAAGAUAAAAUAUGUGAAGAAACUAAAGAAUUAGAAAAAUAUCGGACUGACAGAAAUAAAUAUCAACAAAAUAUUCAGCACAUUCAAGCAUUGAAAAGUAGAAUACGCAUAGCUACUAACAAAAUUGAACAACUGGAGAUGGACCGAACGAGUAUUGAUAAUAUAAAAGCUGCAUGCGCUAAAGAGAUUAAGGCUAUUAUGAAAAAACAAUUACAAAUGUAUAAAGAAUAUAACACAAUUUUGAAGGAAUGUUUUAAUUGCGUUACAAGUAAUGACGAAGUCAAAUUUGCAAUAGCCUUACUACAACAAACUUUAGUAAUUAAAGAGAAUGAGGCUGCAGAUUUGAAGGAUAUGUUUACAAAUGCAGAGAGGAUAUUUAAGCAACACGAUGAAGAGUUUCAACCUUUAAAGAGAGAAGCUGAAAGACUGUAUAAUGAAGCAUUGACAAGCACAAAUAAUAUUAAUCCACAAGAUAACGCCUUUAAACCUCUGAAUAAAGCCUUUGAAAAAUUACCGGCUACUAUAACUGAAAUAAAUAAAGAAUUACAUAUUGCUCAAGCAAAAGUUUUCUGUAUGGCGAAAAAUGUAGAUGCCGAGAAUGUGUUGCGUGAAUAUGAGGAAAUACAAAAUAAUAUUCAAAACUUGACUGAGUUCAUCAAACAGAAGACUAUUAAACUAGAAGAAAUGACAAAAGAGAUUAAAAGAUUAAAAGAUAAAUGGUUACCAUUGUUGGAGCAGCUGAUUGAAAGGAUAAACACGAAUUUUAGUUCCUAUUUUUCUGCAAUGGAUUGUGCUGGCGAAGUUACACUUGCGCAUGGUGAAGAUGUUCUGGAUUUUGAUCAAUACGGUUUAAAAAUCAGAGUAAAAUUCCGAGAUGCAGAUGAAUUGCAAGAAUUAACAAGACAUUUUCAAAGCGGUGGCGAAAGAACUGUAACUACUGCCAUUUACAUGAUCGCGUUGCAAGAAUUGUCGCGCGUGCCGUUCCGCUGUGUGGAUGAAAUUAAUCAGGGCAUGGAUGCAGUUAACGAAAAUCGAGUCUUCAACUUACUCGUUAAAAUGACAGGAAGGCCAGGCAGUUCUCAAUAUUUUCUGCUCACACCAAAACUUUUGUUAGAUUUAUCAUAUGCAGAAACAGUGACAGUACACUGUGUCUUAAAUGGGCCAGUUAUUAACACAGAUGAUAAAGAAUUUGAAUUCGAUACAGAGGCUUACAUCAAUUCUUUUGCAUCCACAGCUGAUACAUAGGAGAGAAAUGUAAAAAUUAAUAUAACGUUUAAAAAUAUAUAGAACGUAAGUUAGCGUGCCUUAAGAUAUGAUAAAUUAUAUUUUUAACAGCAUUUGCAAUCAACUUAAUGUUAAGGAAAAAAAGUCUUAUGUUAAUAUUUAGUUAGCGCGCUUUAAU